AUGUUGCGGUGCUUAACGAAAACCGCAGCAACACAUAAUCAUCAAUGGCGGAGCAAUCUUACAACAACAAUUUCAUCUCUAAAUUAUUCUUCCAAGUCUCCAACAAAACCCACUCCCACUUCCAAAACCCCUGCCAUCGCUCCAACCGCUGACAUCUUCUUCGACGAACAGGAACGCCUCCGCAAUCUCACCGCCGAUGAAAAGAACCCUUCUCUCAAUAUCGGCCCCAACGGAAGACCCCUCUUCACUUCCGCCGCUUCCCUGUCUAAGCUCACCAACAACGACACCUGCACUUACUUCCACCUCGCGAAGGAGACAUUGAAUGAUGCUUUGCCCGAAGGGUUGCCGGUUAGUAUGUCGAAGGAGUUUCAGGACUCUAUGCGAACUGCUUUGCUUGUUCGCCAGAGCUUUUUGGAUCUUCGUGAUAACUUCAAACGUGUGGUUGAUCCACCAAUGUGGUCACCUCAUGGUAAAGGGGUCAAAGUUAGGAAGCAAGUUGUUUUAGAUGGUCCUGUCAGCUGCGGGAAGAGCAUUGCGCUUGCAAUGCUUGUUCAGUGGGCUAGAGAAGAAGGUUGGUUGGUUUUCUAUGUUCCAAGAGGAAAGGAAUGGACGCAUGGAGGAUUUUUCUAUAAGCAUCCACAAACAGGUCUAUGGGACACACCUGUUCAGGCCGAGAAUGUCCUCAAAGAUUUCUUGAAGUACAACGAAUCCUACCUAAAGCAACUGCCAUGCCAAAUAUUUGAUCCAAUCCCAUUAGGCGAGGGUGCUGGUGUGGGAUGGUUAAAAGAUGUUGAUUCGGUGGCAGUUCCUGAAGGUACAAUGCUGUAUGAGCUGGUGAAGACUGGCAUUGAACAAACACACGCAGCCGUUGGAGUAGUAGUUCGUUUGAGGAAAGAGUUAUCACUUGUUAAAGACAUGCCUGUUCUUAUUGCAAUUGAUCAAUAUAAUAACUGGUUUACAUUCAGUGAGUAUGAGGAACCUGUCACAAUUCGUUCUUGUCGGCCAAUACAUGCUAGAGAACUUACUAUGGUGAAUGCUUUUAGGUCAAUGAUCCAUGAUGAUAUGAUGGUAGGGGCUUUUUCUCAUUCGACGGCUGUAGGAAAGCUUCGUAAAGACUUACCAGAUGUACCAGUCGAUGCUCGUGCUAUGUUUCCUCGAUACAGUUUAGAGGAAGCAGACACUGUUUGUCAUUAUUAUUUAAGGCAAAGGCUUAUUCGGCGUGAAGCAUUCACAGAAGAAAAUUGGAAAAAAAUUUACUUCCUAUGCAAUGGAAAUGGAACAGAGAUGAGGGGGUUAGUUCCUUUCAUGCGAUGA